AUGGGGAGGGGUGAUUUCUUCAUAAAUCUACCAUCAGAACUCACCGCUAAAAUCCUCUCACGACUCCCUCUCCGAAGCCUUGCAACCAGUGAAUGCGUCUGCAAACCAUGGCGCAAUCUCCUCGGCUCCCUGGAUUUCGCCAAAUCCCUUAUUUCCGAUUCCGAAACCCCUCCUUUCCUAGCUUGCUUGACGCCGGCGAUGGCCGAAAAUACAAUUGGCUCAACUCGUUGCACAAUUUUCGAAAUUGUAGAGGAAGUCCUAUUCAAUUUCCUUGAUGAAGAAGAUAAAGAAGAAGACGGCGACCAAAUUCUAAAUCAAAAUCAAAAUCUCCAAGAAGUCGGAGGGGAAGCCCGAAUUGAAGAUGAAGAGAAACACGAAGACGAAGAAGAAGAUCAAAUUCAAAACGAAGACGAGGAGGAAGACGAAGAUCCAGUUCUCCAUGAGCUUCACUACAAUGAGCUCGCACGCUUCGGUAUUCCUUUCGGAAACUCAUCACCGGAACCAAUGGUAGGCAUUGCAGCUAAUGGAUUGUUUCUUCUAUACUUUCAGUUCGGGCAUCCUGCCAUCCUUCUCUUUAUAUGGAAUCCUCUCACUCGUCAGUAUAUCGACAUCUGCCGCGACGAACAAUCCAUGUCGUUUAAUUUUAAUUAUAAGUUGAGUUUUGGAUUCGGCGUGAGUCAAAUUAGUGGGCAGUAUAAGGUCGUGUGCAUCAAUCGCGACGGAUCUGCUCACCAUGUGUACACCCUCGGAACGGGAACGUGGAGGCGCCUUGAAGCCGGAGCUGCUUCUGGUUUCGGAUUCCAUUCAGACGGACGGAUUGUGUGUAAUGGAAACCUCCAUUGGACCGUGUAUGACUCCACUCGACCUUUGUCGAUAUGUGGCUUUGACAUUGAAAUAGAAAGUUUUAGCAUCUUCUCUGCACCUCCUGCCGCUGUUGGGCGUCCAUAUGUGGAGUUGAGUGUUUUGAGGGACUGUCUGUGUGUUUGUUACACGUCGAACGAUAACAUUUUCCUCUGGUCAAUGAAGGAAUACCGAGUCGAGGAAUCUUGGACCUUAGAGUACAGGUUGAGUUAUAAUGGUUUUGAUUUUGAUUUUGGUGAUUACUAUGGAAUAGAGACUGUUUAUCCUAUCAAAGUUUUCAAUGAUGGUGAUGUUUUGAUGUUGAUGGUGUCGAAACACAUUGACUUCUCUUUCCAGAAGACGCGUCUUCUUAAAGAUGGUAAUCAAGAGAGGCGAGACUCAUAA